UGUGUGGGUUGUGCUCUGGCACAGCUCCAGCACAGAUUAAGGUAAUGUUUUGAGGUGAAUGUGUGGCUGUCAGUCACCGCACCGGUGUAGAUACUGUAUUCAGGAAUCACAGAUUCUAGCCUACGUCUUGGAAUAUAUGACCCAAAUAAGAAUUUUCACCGGAUAUUGUCAUCAGAACAAUGUGUUCUUCCUGUCCUCAUCCUCCAUCGUCUCUGUGCCUCUGCCACCUACCUGCAAGUAUCAAGUGUGUGUGCGCUCCUCCAUUCAUCCAUCCCAUCCAUCAGCUCCUGGUCCUGUAAGACAAAGACUUUUCACUAUCCUCAUCAGUUCAUUAAGUAUUCCUUGCUCCGUCUACUCGCCUGAUUCUCUUCUGCUCUCUCAUUGUUUUUCAAUAAACAUCCUGUUAAUCGCCAUCUCUGUGUGCCGAGUAUACUUCCGUAACAGAAGACCAGACCUUCAAAUGGAGAUAUCCAGACAACGAGCGCUCCCGAUCCGUUCCAUGAGUUCGUGGAUUCCCUUCGACGGAUACUCACCCCCACACCACCUGUUACCACGUCCUGCAAUGUUCGCUGGCCCUGGAGAUGCAGCCGCAGUUAUACACCACCGACAGAGCUAAAAUAGCUUUCAUCUCCCUGCUGACUGGGCGAGCGCUCUAAUGGGCUGAAACCAUCUGGUCUCAGGCCGGUACAGUAACACCGUCCCUUAAUAAUUUCCUCACUCACUUCCGGGAGGAGAUUCCUCAGUGGGUGAGCAGCUCUAUCACCUUCAGCAGGGUUCUAAGUCUAUUAAUGACUAUAUUCUCAAGUUUAGGACUCUCACUGCCAGUGGAUGGAACAAGUGCUCUCUCCUAACCACCUAUCGGCAGGGAUUGGAGCCUAAUGUGCGGCUGCAUCUUGCCGCAUACGAUGACACCACUGGGCUCGAACACUUCUUCCAGCUAUCAAUCAGAGUCUCCUCUCGUAUGCAAUCAUGCCAAUAGGGCCAGCAAAUUUUCACUCCUGUCUUCUGCCGGCCAGAGAGCAUCAGCACCCCAGAAUCAGGCUACGAACCCAUGCAACUGGAGACCACUUGACUGAGUGGCAGAGGUGGCUGACCCAGGGCUUAUGCCUAUACUGUGGCACAUCAGGGCAUGUCAUCUCUGCAUGCCCAAUCCGUCCUCCCAGACCUAUGGUGAGUUUUAUUAAGCCUUCCGUUGUCAAUAUGAAACCACUCACCACGGUAGUCCUGCUUACUGCUACUGCUGUUUCCAUUCCAGUCAAUGCCCUUCUCGAUUCCGUGUCAGCUGGGAACUUCAUCUCUGGCGCCCUCUGCCGCCAGCUCAACCUCUCAACCAAGACCAUCUACCAGGUCCAAUCAGUAACUGGCAAACCCCUCAGCCGUAAGCACGUACUCCACAGCGUUGGACCUCUUCAGCUCAGUUGGCCAAUUGCAUGAAGAAACUCCCCAUCUCCUGGUUCUGGAGGAUUCCACUGCUGAUGUUGGGGCAUA